ACUAGCCCCCCCCCCUCGAGACCUUUAGCCCCUCCGUCGAGCAGGUCCUGGCGCCACCACUGCAAUGUAAGAUACAGAGGUCUGUAUUUAUUUAGCUAAUGUCCCAUUCCCCCUUUCAAUUUUUUUUCUGCUUCAGUUUAUCACCAAUUGUCUGUUCAUCGUGUUUAUGCUUAUGUUUUCUUACUCAAACAACAUGUACAUGUGUACGUGCCUUAUCACUGGGCCGGUGUCACGGUUGCCACGGUUCUGGCUUUACUGAUCCUGAUCGACUAAACAGGAGCCUGCUGGUGGCACACAAAAUGACCUGGGUCAAGUUUUAUGGGGAGGCGACACGGACCACCGAGGGCGUCCCUUGGACCGGUCCCUUGAUAUGGCAUGUGCAUUAUCCAUCAAGCCUCUAGUAUAUCUAGUGUGUUUCAAACAUUGUACAAGCUGACAGUAACUUCGGAACCAACAACGUCAGGUUCCCAAUAAAAUAUUUCAAAUAAUAUCUUCUUUAUUAGGUAACCUGGGAACAUAAAAUCACAGAUAGAUGUUAUAACAAGUAUUGUUAAAUUACAUUUGACCCGCAGCCCUUCUCCGCUGCAGAUUCCCGACCACAAAAAAAGUCUCUAUGCAGGAAAUGGCAUCCCCCACUCCCCCACCCCCCGGAUCUGUGAUGACCACAGACAGAUUUCAUGACGGUGAAGCACCUAUGGAUUGAGUGGGGGGGAGGGCAUCUGGUUUGGAACAGGAGAGCAUUGGACAUACUAUUCCCUUGGGGGAUUAUUCAAGUCAUAAAAAUACAGACUGAGAAAGACGCCCAUAAAACCAUAAUGUAGAAUUUUUCAUCCAGUAGACCCUGGGCAGCAACCCCCUGCCUGCCCAACCCCUCUGCCUGCCCCACCCCUCUCAACGCCACUGUCUUCACCCCUGUCCCCCUCUAUAAUGGCACUGUCCAGAUACAGUUACAUUACAGAUACAGGUUUGGGAAGAUUAUCGGUUCGGAACUGCAAUCGGUGCACUCAGUCUACAAAGAACGACUAGUUAAUAAGUUUGAUAACGUGAUGUCUGACGAAAGUCACCCGUUAUACAACGCAGCGGUAGACUGAGGGUACCAGCUGCUAACACGAACUGUUAUUCUAACUCAUUCAUUGCGAGGGGCAUUUACCUGUUUAAUGUUAGAUAUGUAAGAUAGUUAUUAUUUAUUGCAUUGAAUUACUUUUCCUGCUUAAUUUAUUGAAAGAGCGAUGUAAUUUCCAAGGAUUUGGAUUAAUAAAGUGAUGUCUAUGUCUAUGUCUAUAAAGAAAGUUGAAGUAAAUAAACAAGGACAUUUCUUUUUGACAGCAAUAUGUAACCGGUGUGUGGUUCGCUUUGAUCAUCACUGUUCGUGGGUAAACAAUUGCAUUGGUGCUUACAAUGUGAAACUUUUCAUUGGCUACCUAAUCACUACAGCUUUGAUGUGUAUACAUAUCGUUAUUCUAGGAGCGUAUUCUCUCCUGAACAUUGUUUAUAGCACAGGACUCCAUAAGGCACAAUAUCUGGAUUCAGAAGGCAAACUUAGGCCUGUUAACUUUAGAGUAAUAUUACAGCAUUUAUUCCUGGAGCACCCUUUGAUGGUUUUUCUUACGAUUACUUUAGCAUUGCUUUGGUUUCUUAUAAGUGGAUUCACUAUUUAUCAUCUGUACCUUGCAGCCAUAAAUCAGACAACUAAUGAACGAUACAAGAUAGAAGCAUUGAAACGAGAAUGUGGUGAAUGGCAUGCAAAUUUGUAUCCAAGAAAAACUAACAACAAAAUAAAAAAUCCUAGAUUCAAGCAUUUUACUGUAACAUCAGCUCACAAAAGCAAAAUGAAAGUGUAUAAAAGAAAGGAAUAUACUACCAAUAUUUAUGAUAAUGGUUUUGUUAGUAAUAUAAAGGAGAUUUUAUUUGCCUUUGAUUAGCUUGAUUUUAUUUAACAUUGCUACAUUCUUACUUUUAUGUAGGAGUGUAUGAUUAUGCUAUAACACCACUGAUAAAUUUUUCUCUCUGGGAGAGCCACCAAUAUUACUAUUAACAUAGGUGAGAAUUGCCUUCUAUCAGUUGAAACUGACCCUCAUAGAUGUCAUGGCUCUCUUAUGUAUUUUCAGCAACUUAAUUUCUAAAUCGUUUAAAAUAAUUGAUAGUUCACUCUUUCACUCCAAUUUCAAAAUCUGUGUCGUAUUCUGAAUACUUUCUUCAGUGCAUUCGAUUUCACUGCCAACAGUGUGUAGAAUAAUCUCUUUCCAAUAAUUUUGUCAAAAAAUGUUUUGGUCUUCAAGGUCUUUACUCUUCCAUCAUGCUGCAGUUUCUAAACAUUUC